GUAAGUAAAGCAGUGCUGUACAGCAGGGUUUAUAUCCCCUUUAAUAAAGGAUAAAAUAAUAAUGACAAUGAAUUAAUACAUAAUUCAAUAUAGACAAUUACAUUCUACUAGGUCAGUAUUGUAGGCCAACAUGGCCCAUUCCAUGCCGUUCCCAAGUGGUUAGAAGCUGUAAAGCGGCUUGGGAGACAUUGAAAUGACAACAACUAACCUGCUCUGUAUACCCUACUAAUAAGUGGGAUAUUCCCUAGUCAUAGUAGUAUAUGGCAUCUUUGGCCCUGCUCAAAUAAUAACAGUCGAUAAUUCCAGGAAGUUUGUUUGCAAGGUGCCUCGCCCCUACACAAGAGGACUUUGACUCUGGAACGUUAUCCAGAAGAGAUAAAGAAAAGUGAAUGCAAACACACUGAUUUUAUCCUGACUGUGAGAAGUCCAAUAAGUGGCGGCUUAUAAUGAGAUGAUGAGAUGAGUAUAAGAACCACAAGAAGCUGAGCAACAUGGAACCUUCACAUUUCACCUCCUGAAUAAGAACUGCGGCCUUUGGUCAAGAUCACUCCAGAAUAAUGUCAGGGGCUGGGCCAAGUACCAGGGUGGUGGGGAUCUUCUCUAGAGAAGACCAAAGCCUGUAUGAGUGGCUAAUGAGAGUCCUUCUGUCUUUCGCUUUGGUGAGGGAUGUGAAACCAGUUUUCAUCUCCAAUAACAAUUUUGUGACCUUCUUAGAAGAGGUUUCCCAAUGUGACUUUGCCAUUCUGUACCACUCAAUGAGAAGAGGAAGGAUCAAUGUGACUGAUGUUCUAGAUUCUCUGUAUGAUGGAGAGCUGGAGGUUCUAUAUAGAGUUCAAGGAAAAAAGAAGAUUCUGGUGGUCAUCGACGAUCUAGAUGACAGCAGCGCCAAUGCCAAGAAUGAGAUUCUACAGAGCCAGCCAAGCAUUGGAAGGUGGGCCGAGGAACUGUUCCUCUUUAGCACCCAAGAGAAAGAUUGUUUGGGCCCCGGUCCUGAUCUGCUGAUACAGGCCGACGAUCACCAUAGUAUUAACUCAGCGACUCAAAUGAAGGAGAAGUUGGGCCGUAUGAAACAGGUGAUUGAAGGGAAAAAGGAGGAAACAUCCCUCCCCAUCCAACACGAUUACAGCAAUGCACCAAUGCAGGACAGCUUUGAUGAGAGAAUGCUGGUGGUAUUCUGUUUUGGGAUUGUCAUCUUAUUUACUAUAUUAUUUCCAGCGCUCCUUUACUCGCUGUCCUAAGUACAAAUAUAAGCACUACAUGAAAAGGAAUGGUUACAUUGAAGAUGGAAACAAUAAUAAAAUAAAUGGAAUAGCGUCCUGAGCAUUGGGAAAGUUCUCAACCCUAGGAGUCAUUUAAUUCUGAUGCCAAGCUGCAAGACUGGAUAAUAAGACAAGCUGAAGGAUUAAUUACAUAAAUAAUGUGUGUAUAACUGAUUGUAACUACUGGAAUAAACCACCAAACUUUAAAGGGGGGUUCAAAAUGGACCAAACCAUGAUGGACAUUCAUUGCUGGAGAUGGAACCUUGGCUGAAAGUAUAUGCUCCGGCUGUUCCUGCUGAUAUAUCCGCAAUAAAUCGGAAUGCUGGGUACAUUUCUUUGGGCACAAUAAGCUGGGAUACAUUGUCAUGAAAAGGCACAUCAAAUAAAUAUUGUCUGUUGUUGA